UUUACCCGUCCGAUUUAACCUUUUUGGCACUUUCAGAGUGCACCUUCAGAAGAAUGCGGGGCAUCUUGCGUCUGGCCGUGUUACAAUCUAACUCUAGUUACUGAAUGAUCCUUGGUGAAUCCCAAGAUUCUCUGUCUGAAGGAAAAUCCCCUGGAAAACCACGACACAGGUGCCUGUUUCCCUCUGUAACACAAGCCUCCUCCAGCUGUUGAUAACACUUCAUCUGUUGGUUGAACAGACCUCACCCUGUUGCCAGGUCUGUGUUGGUGAAGUGGCAGCGCCCUGCUCUGCUCUUUGUAGUUAUAUGUCAGCAGUAUCAAUAUUUGCUUAUGGUACAUGUCCACACAGAGUGAUGGGCCUCACAUGUUUCUCUUUGAGCUCCUCACUGCCAAAGCCUGACCUCAGGGCACCAUCAAUAUCCCUACUAUAGCACCAAAGCAGAGAAAACAAUCCAAUACUGUAAUUAGGCUUCCCCAAACCAGGACAAACAAAUCGUUUGUCAGUUUGUCCUUUUAGCCGUUGAAAAUCGCCAGCUUUGCUGCAGCAGAGCUGUGGGAUGAGACACUGAGAGUGUGUGUUUUGUCACAGGAUGGUCAGUCAGGCAGCCAUGCGAGGCCAGCGUGUGGUGGAAAGCGAGUGCAGGUGCUGGAACCCGGCCGUCUGGCUCCUGGUGUCCCUGCUGGGCUCUCUGGUCUUGGUGACCGUCAGCGUGUUGACACGUCUCGGAGAACUGAAGAUACAAAAAAGGGCUGGAUCUACCAGUGCCAUUCAAAGCCCGAAGAGGACAUCCUACGAAGUGCAACUGGUGAACGGCCGUAACCGAUGUGAGGGCAGAGUGGAGGUGAUCUACAACGGCUCGUGGGGCACGGUAUGUGAUGACGACUGGGACAUGGUGGACGCCAACGUGGUGUGCAGGCAGCUGGGAUGCGGAGUGGCCAUGGCCGUGGGCAGCAGCUCUCAGUUUGGGCAAGGCACGGGGCUCAUCGUGCUGGACAACGUGGACUGCAGAGGAAGUGAAUCUGACCUCAGCCAGUGCAACAGUCUGGGUUGGGGUGUCCACAACUGCUACCACUAUGAGGAUGUGGCCGUUACCUGCAGAGAGCCUAUCCCACUGGGUCCACGAGGUUUUGAAAGCAUUACCACCCCGCCUAUGGUCAUGUCUGGCAUACGCGAUGGCACCAUCCGUUUGGUGAAUGGGAAGAAUUCUUGCCAGGGCCGGGUUGAGAUCCACUACCAGGGGAACUGGGGGACGGUGUGUGAUGACGACUGGGUCCUCAAUAAUGCCAUGGUGGUGUGCCAACAAGUAGGGUGUGGCAGUGCCAUCUCUGCACACACCAACUCCUACUUUGGCUACGGUACAGGCCUCAUUCUCCUGGAUAACGUCCACUGUCAAGGCACCGAGCAAGAGCUGAGUAAAUGUAAAAGUCUGGGCUGGGGAAAACACAACUGCGGCCAUCAUGAGGAUGCCGGGGUCACAUGCACAGGAAUCACUACAGUACCGCCUUCAAUCACAGGAAACCAGAGAGUUUUCUUGGAAACAGUGGGCACCAAAGCAACAGAAAUUGUUCCAGUCACAGAGUCAACAACUACAACAACAACAACUGUUAGCACAACAGCCCAAACAAAAGCCAAACCAUCCAUCCGUUUGGUAAAUGGGAACAGCAGCUGUCAGGGUCGUGUAGAGAUCCUCUACAAAACAGUCUGGGGGACGGUGUGUGACGAUGACUGGGACAUAGUCAAUGCGGUCGUGGUGUGCAGGCAGCUUGGGUGUGGCCCAGCUAUUGAAGCGAAGAGUCUGGCCUUCUUUGGCUAUGGCUCAGGACCCAUCCUGCUGGACAACGUGGAGUGCAGCGGCUCAGAGAGUGACCUGUCCCAGUGCUUCCACCUAGGCUGGGGUCAGCACAACUGUGGCCACCAUGAGGAUGCCGGAGUCAUCUGUGCACCGCCAUUUGACCCCCUGCUGAUACCAUAUGGACGUGACUUCAGAGUGACAGAAAAAGUAACAACCACCACCACCACUACUCAACCCUCUGAAGGAAUGCUGAGACUGGUUGGUGGGCAGCACCGCUGUGAGGGCCGGGUUGAGAUGUACAUGGGUAGUGGGUGGGGCACGGUGUGCGAUGACGCCUGGGACCUCGCUGACGCACAGGUUGUGUGCCGCCAAGUGAGCUGUGGAGAGGCAACGGCUGCUUUGGGAGAAGCUCACUUUGGACCCGGAAUGGGAAGAAUCCAGCUGGAUAAUCUCAAGUGCCGCGGUGCUGAGCGCUCCCUGCUGGAGUGCUCCCAUAUAGAGUGGAACGUGCACAACUGUGACCACUCUGAGGAUGCUGGAGUCACCUGCUCACUGUCGUGAUUACAACAGGACCACAGUCCAAUCUCUAGCUUAGGUUAGGACGUGGCUGCAAUGAAGCAGGACUUGUAAACAUCAUGUAAAUAACAGCUGUCACCAUGCUGAAGGGAUACUCCACUGGCAAAAUGCAAAAUAACUGAUGUGAUAAGUGACACACCGUUUAUUCUUAGUAAGCACUUUAUAAAUAUGAGAAGUUUUUUUUUAUUUGUUAAAAACUAUUUUUAAUUGUAUAACUUUUUCUUUAUUUGAAUAUGUACUGUUGUGAUACUUUAAUGAUUAAGAGUCUAUACAUUUUGAAGAAGAGUAAAGAGUUCACACAAGUAUGAUAAGCCAGCAGGUUAACAUGAGAGAAAGUGUAAACUAUAAAAACUGGAAGGACCAGUGACUGUUCUGUGAAUACGUGAAAUAUUAAUAAAUGUAACUGAUAAUCAUUAAUAUGUGACAAAAUAAAUGCUCUUAUUUUUUGUUAAAUAA